AGAAGACCAACACAUGAAGCAGGAUGGUGGUGGACCUGGAGAAGGACAGGGACGGAGGAGGAGGGGGGAAGGCUGGCAGCAGGAAAGAAAAGGACCAGAGCUGGAUUCCAAAGAUCAUCAAGAAACGAGUGUGCUCAGCUUUUGUUGAAAGCUCCAGUGAUAGUGGUGUCUGUCAGUGUGGUGGUGCACAGGAAGUCCAUGAUUCGGUGGCAACAGGGGACUCCUUUGGAGCAGCCAUUGUCACGCAGUGGGACAGCAGUCAGCACUCAUCUGAAUAUCCCACUGAUGCUUUCGGAGAGCUGGAGUUUGCUGGACAAAGACGCAGACACAGCCACUUUCUGCGGCUUUCGUCUGACACACAACCGCAUAUCAUCUACAACCUGAUGACGACACACUGGGGUCUGCCCUUGCCCAACCUGGUGGUGUCAGUGGUAGGGGGAGAAGGUCAAGGAAAGAUUAAGUCAUGGGUGAGAGAUAUCCUGAGAAAAGGGUUGGUUAGGGCUGCACAGAGCACAGGGGCCUGGAUUUUGACAGGGGGUCUCAGAGAGGGUGUGUCCCGCUGUGUGGGUGAAGCUGUGAGAGACCAUGGCGCUGCAGCUACAGCUCUGUCCCAGAAAAAAGUCAUAGCUAUUGGUGUGGCCCCCUGGGGUCUGGUCCACAACAAGCAGCAGCUGGUCAAUGCUAAGGGGAGUUUUCCUGCUCGUUACUAUGUCCACAACUCAUCACAUGACUCCAAUUGCUUGGACAACAGUUAUCAAGCUUUCCUUCUGGUGGACAAUGGAACAGUUGGUCAGUGGGGGGGCGAGAAAGCUUUUCGUUCUAAACUGGAAGACUACAUUUCCAAUCAGCGCACAGGCAUUUGGGGUAGUGGCAGUAUUGAAAUCCCAGUUCUUUGCAUGCUCAUCUCAGGAGAUGCCAGCAUGCUGGAGAGACUAGACACGUCCCUGAAGAGAGCAACGCCAUGGCUGGUCCUCGCUGGUUCUGGUCCAGCUGCUGAUUUCAUCGGUGACCUGCUGGAUAAUUUUUCCUCUCAGCCAGCAGAGGGGGAGUCUGCAGGAGGUUUCACCACAGAGUUCUGUGACAAGGUCCGAGAAAAGAUCCGGAAAUACUUUCCGACCGAGACCAAGCUGGAGAGACUGGUAGAAAGUGCUUUGAGUAUUUAUCAGAACAGGAAGCUAAUUACUGUUUUCAACGGGGAACAGGAAGGUACUGAUGACUUUGAUACAGUUCUUCUUAAAGCCCUUGUUAGAGCUGGUAAGCGUGGGUCCAGUAAAGCCAGUGAGUACUUUGAUGAACUGAACCUGGCUGUGGCCUGGAACCGGGUGGACAUUGCUAAAUCUGAACUCUUCAAUGGAGACAUACAGUGGAAAUAUGAUGAUCUCGAGGAGUCCAUGACAGAUGCUCUGAUCAAUGACAAGCCUCAGUUUGUGCGUCUCUUCUGCGAGAAUGGUCUGAAUAUUCUGGAUUAUCUGACAUAUGGGCGCUUGGAGAGCUUGUACCGCUCACUGUCAGACAGCUCUCUGGCUUACAUCCUUCUCCAGAGACGUCUGAGUGAAAGGCAGAAUGUGGCAGGGUCCCACUCCUCUGUGAAUGGAGCCCCAGCACCUGUGAACAGCUCUCAGUGUAAACUAACUACACCUGCUUCGAUGAAAGAUCUCAGCCUGUUUGAGGUAUCUCGACUGCUGUCAGAUCUUUUAGGUGAUAUCUGUCAGCCAUUCCAUUAUGGACCUUUUGGCCUUGACCACAGCGUCAGCACUAGGAGGGCCAUAAAGCAAGUGAAUAAGCUGCUGCAGGGGGAAUGCUCGUAUCGGGACCAGUACUGCCUCACACCCUGGGCAGCCCUCUUCAUCUGGGCUGUCCUACAGAACCGCAAGGAAAUGGCUAUUUACUUCUGGGAGAUGGCAGGGGAGUCAGUACUGAGCGCUCUUGGUGGAUGUAAGAUAUUGAGAGAACUUUCAAAGCUUGAGAUUGAGACAGAGAGCAAGCUGGCAAUGAAAGAACUGGCACAGAAGUUUGAAAACCUGGCAAACGAUGUGUUUGGUGUGUGCUACCAGAGCAGUGAGAGUCGUUCCUUCACCCUCCUCAUCAGGAAAUCACCUGUGUGGGGCGGAGCUACGUGUUUACAGAUGGCCACAGCAGCUGACGCCCGCCUCUUCUUCAGCCAUGAUGGUGUUCAGUCUCUGUUGUCUCAAAUCUGGUGGGGGGACAUGAAGAGGACUACAGAUGUCUGGAAGCUGGUCCUUUCCUUCUUCUUACCCCCUCUCAUCUACACAAACCUGAUCAACUUCAGAAAACCAGAGGAGGCGGUUAAUUCUUUGGCAAACCACCCCAAAAACAUCGACAGUGACAGUGUGGAGGGAAUUGAUGCCUUUUCAUUGUCUGACAUCAUACCAAAUGAGGAAGAUGCAGAAGAAUUAAAAGCUCUUAAGGAAAACGUACCGGAACCAGUCUCAUUGCCAACCACAUCAAAAAGCCCAUUAAUUGUGUCGAGAUGGAGGCAGUUCUGGUUUGCGCCCGUCACCUCGUUCCUGGGAAACGUGCUGAUGUACUUCCUCUUCCUUUGCCUGUUUGCCUAUGUUCUGUUGGUGGACUUCAAGCCCCCGCCCCCUGAUGGCCCAUCCUGGAUAGAGAUUGUGCUUUACAUUUGGGUUUUCACCUUAGUGUGUGAGGAGAUUCGACAGUCACAGACCUUCUUUGUAAGCGGUUUAUUGGUCCAACAAGGAAUGAAAAACUACAUCCAAGAUGUUUGGAACAAGUGUGACCUCACAGCUAUUCUUCUGUUCCUCUUGGGUCUGGGCUGCAGAAUGUUCUCCUGGUCAUAUCAAUUUGGGCGUGCUGUUAUGGCCAUUGAUUACAUGGUUUUUACUCUGCGCCUGAUCCACAUCUUUGCCGUCCACAAACAGCUUGGACCCAAAAUCAUCAUUGUUGGAAAAAUGAUGAAAGAUGUCUUCUUCUUCCUUUUCUUCCUUGGUGUUUGGCUCAUGGCCUAUGGAGUUGCCAAUCAAGCAUUACUUUUCCCAUAUGAUCCUCGACCUAACUGGAUUUUUCGACGAGUCUUGUAUCGACCAUUUCUUCACAUUUUUGGACAAAUUCCUAUUGAUGAAAUGGAUUGUGAGGUGGACAGUGUUCUGAAGCAGAUGGCAGAAAUCAGAGACCAUGAACGAAGAUUGCAUUUACUAGAGACACAGCUGGAGUUCUGCUGCAGCGCCCUCUCCUGGAUGACUGAGGCUCUGUCUCAGAGUGAGGUGGUUAAAGCCAGGAGACCAGCUCCACUCCUCAAAGAUCCUGCUCCUCUGUCUUCAAGCUGACUAACUUAACUCCAGGAUGAAGCUCAGCAACAUAGAGAACAAGUUGUUUACUCAGGUCAUUUAAACCUAACCCUAACCCAUUCCCUGUCAAAAUUUAACCCUACACCAGGUCUAUUCAAAUAAACUGCUCAGGGGGGCACAGUUUCUGAAAACCAGCAGCUCAGGGGCCGGACAUC